AUGAACCCGACAGUGCUCUCGCCAGCCUCACCAGCAGAGCUGCUGCAUUAUAUCGUCACCUUCCAACCUUACCCAACGACGCUUCUCAUCUGCUAUCAACGAGACGACUUCAUCUCAGCUCUCGUAUCCGACACCCACAAAAACCUCCACCAACACAUCCAUGAGCAACCCGAAGAUCUGCCUCCUCAACCCCUGCUCUCGGCAACACUUCUCCAGACCGCAAUUGCCCGUCACAUCCGCGUCCUCUUCAUCCCGAGCGUCACACAUCUACGCGCCUUCUUGUCCGCCUUUGGCACUUCAGACUCCUUGAUACCGCCUCCACCAAAUCCACCACUGCAAGUUCCAAAGAGCCGGCAGCCUUUCCUCCUCGUGUACGGGUUUCUUGACCUCCACCGCGAUAGCAGCGAGUGGAGCGCGCAAGGCCUCAGUAGCUCGGCCGCGGUGCUUAUCGAGGCCGCUCGCCGCGCCGGCACCAAGUUCAAACCCGUCAUCGUUGAGCCUAGAGACGCAGGAGGGCAUGAGAAUUUCAUGUCACUGUUGCGGGAUGAUGCGCCGGUGCUGAGCGGGAGUUCAAGGAGGAGUGAGGGCGUCUGGUUGGGGAGAACUGUCGAGGUGAGACGAGUAUUGGGCCGAUGGUUUCGUUUCCAGACCGGUCGUUGGGAUCUUUAG